UGGGGAGGUGCGUACUGGGCCCCCUACUUCUCAGGACCCCCAAGGAUCACCGAAGAAGGCUUGUUCCCCAGUUCCGGAGACUCGCCGGCCGGGCUGGGCUUCCCGCUUGAGCCCGCCCUUCCCCCAGGGCUGGGGCAGUUGAUGGUUUUGGAGAAGUAUCUUAAGGUAGCUGGUCCUGCCCCCUCCUCCCCACCUACCUCUUGUCAUCCCUCCCACACUACUACCACCCUGGCUCCCCCCCCUCAUGACCGCCUGGAUCCUCCUUCCUGUCAGCUUGUCAGCAUUCUCCAUCACUGGCCUAUGGACUGUGUAUGCCAUGGCCGUGAUGAACCGCCACGUGUGCCCUGUGGAGAACUGGUAUGGCGCACUCUGCAGGCAGCUUCACUCUAAAGCUCCCUUCAUCUCUGUUCCCUCUUGGGCCAGGGCUGCUGCGAGCCAGACGGAGACCCUGAGCCUCACUGCUCUUCUUUGACAUUGGCGCGCCUGCCCUCCCCAGGCAUGGCUUCGUGCCCAUUUACCUGCUUCCCAUCAUCCCUUCGCCCCUUCGGCUUCCGUCUCAGGUCCUACAACGAGUCCUGCUCUCCUGACCCCACUGAGCAAGGGGGUCCCAAGACCUGCUGCACCCUAGAUGAUGUCCCCCUCAUCAGCAAGUGCGGCACAUAUCCCCCAGAGAGUUGCCUCUUCAGCCUCAUUGGCAACGUGGGUGCUUUCAUGGUGGCCCUGCUCUGCCUCCUGCUCUACGGGCAGCUCCUGGAGCAGAGUCGGCAUUCCUGGAUUAACACCACGACACUCAUCACAGGCUGCACCAAUGCUGCAGGCCUUGUGGUGGUCGGAAACUUUCAGGUGGAUCAUGCUAAGUCUCUGCAUUACAUCGGAGCUGGUGUGGCCUUCCCGGCCGGGUUGCUGUUUGUCUGCCUGCACUGUGUCCUCUCCUACCACGGGGCCACCGCCCCCCAGGACCUAGCUAUGGCCUACCUGAGGAUUGUGCUGGCAGCCAUCGCCUUUGUCGUCCUGAUCCUCAGCGGCGUCUUCUUCAUCCAUGAGAGUUCUCAGCUGCAGCAUGGGGCAGCCCUGUGUGAGUGGGUGUUUGUCAUCGACAUCCUCAUUUUCUACGGCACCUUCUGCUACGAGUUUGGGACAGUCUCCUCAGAGACACUGGUGGCUGCACUGCAGCCUGCCGGCCGAGCCUGCAAGUCCUCCGGGAGCACCAGCACCUCCACUCACCUCAACUGUGCCCCUGAGAGCAUAGCCAUGAUCUGAGGUCUGGAGAGGGUGGCUGGCCCAGCCUCCACUGCUCCCCACCUAUGUCUUUGCAUUUAUUUCAUACCAAAAAAUUUUUGAAAGUAUUCUGUUGGGAUAUAGGCCUCCUUGCUCCUGGACGAGGGGCCAUCCCACACCCACCUGUGCCAUAGAGGAGCGGGCCCUGGCAGCUGCCUGAGCUGUGCACGACCCGCUCCCCACUGUCUUUAUGUUUAAAGGUCAUAUAUCCUCAGUCACCCAGCCAACCCUUCAGGUGCCUUCUACUCCCCAGUGCCAGGGCCAGACUACUGGGGUUUUGUGCUGCAGGAAUUGGGGGCUGGGAAUGGCAAGGAUAGAAGUGCUGGGGGUAGGGGACAUGCCUUAGUAUGUGGGAAGGCCCACUUUGGGGCCCUGGGAUUCUUCACUCUGCCCCUUACUUUUUUUAGGGCAAAUAACACAGCAGAACCAUGUGGGUAUUUUAGUACUUUUAUAUAUAUAUAUAUAUAUAUCUAUUAAAAGAAUUCUAAUUUGCA